AAAACAAUCUUUGCCGUUGUCUCCGGAUGACUUUUCUUUUUCCCGUCUCUCUCAACCCCAGAGCGGAAGGAGUGGAGCGUUUCCUGACUCAGGUCGGUGCACGCUUUCGGGAGGAUACAGGCGCCGUAACAAUACCUCUCUGUGGGGCAUGUGAGAGUGAGCGAGUGUAUUUUUUACGCGAAGGAAUAAGAACGCUUGUCGGCAAGAAAGGGCUCGACCGGUAGAAGGGUUGAAGAGCUCUCAGUCGGUUCCCGGUCUCCCGGUCUCCCGCUGCGACAGAGAUGGAGUGGCUGUGCGGACCUGACCUACCUUUCUGGGUAGCCAAUCAGACGUUGCACACAGAUUCACCUGACCUCCCGAAGUGUUUUCAGCUCUCUGUCCUGUCAUGGCUGCCGUGCAUCUACCUUUGGGCUGUCUGCCCCAUCUACCUCUUCUAUCUCAAGAGGAGCAACAGAGACUACAUCAUGAUGUCCAUUUUGAACAGAAUCAAAACGGCGCUUGGCUUGUUGUUAUCGAUUGUGUGUUGGACCGAUCUCUUCUACACAUUCCACGAGCUGCGGCAGGAGCACAGCCAGCCACCCAUCUACCUAAUCACCCCGCUGGUGCUCGGCAUGACAAUGCUGUUGGCCACGUUUCUGAUCCAGUAUGAGAGGUUACACGGGGUUCAGUCCUCAGGGGUCCUCUUCAUCUUCUGGUUCCUGUCUGUGCUGUGUGCCAUCGUGCCUUUCCGCUCCAAGAUCCUACAGGCCUCCAGCCAGAGCGAAGUGACCGACAAGCUGCGUUUUACUACUUUCUACUUCUACUUCGGCCUGGUGGUCUGUGAGCUGAUCCUCUGCUGCUUCAAUGAAAAGCCUCCUCUCUUCUCCAGUGUUGUCACAGACCCUAAUCCCUGCCCUGAAACCACAGCUGGUUUUCUCUCCACCAUUACGUUCUGGUGGUUCACAAGUAUGGCUAUUAAAGGCUACAAAAUGCCUUUAGAAACCAAAGACCUUUGGUCUCUAAAAGAGCGUGACAGCUCUAAGAUCACGGUGCCCAAACUCCUCAAAGAGUGGGAGAAAGAGCUGACCAAAGCCAAGAGUGAAGGGAAUCCGUCCAGCCAGGCUGUGUACUCUAAGCCCCCGCCGUCGACCACAAACCACAUUGGAGGAGGAGGUGAAAGCAGCCCAGAGGAAGUAGAGGUGCUGCUGGCCAAUCCCAAAGCUGCCUCCCGCCAGCCGUCUUUCCUACGUGCCCUCAUCAGAGCCUUUGGGCCGUACUUCCUGAUUGGCUCGGCCUACAAACUCCUGCAGGAUGUCAUCACCUUCAUCAACCCUCAGCUGCUCAGGAUGCUGAUCUUGUUCACAAAACAGAAGGGUGCUCCCGAUUGGUGGGGUUACUCGCUGGCCUUUCUCAUGUUCUUCACAGCCUUCUUGCAGACUCUCAUCCUUCAUCAACACUUUCAGUACUGUUUCGUCACCGGCAUGAAUGUACGCACAGCUAUCAUAGGAGCUAUCUACAGGAAGUCGUUGGUGAUAACUAACGCUGCCAAGCGUUCCUCUACAGUGGGAGAGGUAGUCAAUUUGAUGUCGGUGGACGCACAGAGGUUCAUGGACCUCACCACCUUCCUCAACAUGUUGUGGUCUGCUCCUCUUCAGAUCAUGCUAGCACUGUAUUUUCUCUGGCAGAACCUCGGUCCAUCUGUGCUGGCUGGGGUGGCUGUCAUGAUCAUGCUGAUCCCCCUGAAUGCUGUCAUUGCCAUGAAGACACGAGCCUACCAGGUGGAGCAGAUGCAGUACAAGGACUCUCGUAUCAAGCUAAUGAACGAGAUCCUAAACGGAAUCAAAGUCCUAAAGCUGUAUGCCUGGGAGAACUCCUUUAAAGAAAAGGUCCUUGCCAUUCGUCAAAAGGAGCUCCAAGUGCUGCGCAAGACAGCGUACCUGGGAGCUCUGUCUACUAUGGCCUGGACCAGUGCCCCUUUCUUGGUUGCCUUGACAUCGUUUGCCGUGUAUGUGACUGUGGAUGAAAAGAACACCUUGGAUGCGGAGAAGGCCUUUGUGUCACUCUCACUCUUCAACAUCCUCAGGUUUCCUCUCAACAUGCUUCCCCAAGUCAUCAGCAGCAUCGUGCAGGCCAGCGUCUCACUGAAGCGAAUCCAAAAUUUCCUGAGUCAUGAUGAGCUGGACCCAAAUUCAGUAGACAGAAAGAACACAGCCGCAGAGUUUUCAGUGACAGUUGUCAACGGGAAAUUCACCUGGGCGAAAGAAGAUCCCCCUAUUCUGCACAACAUUAACAUGAUGGUGCCUAAUGGCUCCCUGCUGGCAGUGGUAGGCCACGUUGGCUGUGGGAAGUCCUCCCUACUCUCUGCGCUGCUAGGUGAAGUGGAGAAACUGGAGGGAGAGGUUUCCAUUCGGGGAUCCGUGGCAUACGUACCCCAGCAGGCCUGGAUACAGAAUGCCACGCUGCGGGACAACAUCCUGUUUGGGAAACCCUACAAUGAGCAGAAGUACCAGUGUGUUCUGGAAGCCUGUGCCUUAACUCCUGACCUGGAAGUGCUGCCUGGAGGUGAUAUGACUGAGAUAGGCGAGAAGGGCAUCAACCUCUCCGGUGGGCAGAGACAGAGGGUGAGUCUGGCCCGAGCUCUGUACAGCGACACCGAUGUCUACCUCCUGGACGAUCCGCUGUCGGCUGUGGACGCCCACGUAGCCAAACACAUCUUUGACAACCUCGUCGGUCCAGAGGGGGUGCUGAAGGGCAAGACACGUAUUCUGGUGACACAUGGCAUCAGCUUCCUGCCCCAGGUGGAUAACAUUAUAGUGAUGGUGGAUGGCAGGGUGUCAGAGAUGGGCUCCUACCAGGAGCUGCUCAAACAGAACGGAGCCUUCGCAGAGUUUCUGAGGAACUACGCCCUGGAGGACAUUGUCGAGGAAGAAGAGGCCACUGAGGAGUUAAUCCAAGAUGACGAAUUGUUCCCUGACGACGCCCUUAGCAACCACACAGACAUGGUGGAGAAUGAGCCUGUGAUUAAUGAAACUAAGAGAGAUUUCAUAAGGCAGAUCAGCAUCAUUUCAGCAGACGGAGAGAACCCCCGAUCCCGCUCAGUGAGGAGACACGGCUGCAGCCAGAGGAAACACUCCGAGCAACAAGAGAAGAAACCACAGGAUAUGCAGAAACUCAUCCAGACAGAGACCAUGGAAACAGGCAGGGUCAAAGCGAAGGUGUACCUUGAGUACGCCAAGGCGGUGGGAAUUCUGCUGUCUGUGCUCAUCUGUUUCCUGUACGGCUGCCAGAGCGCAGCGGCCAUCGGAGCAAACAUCUGGCUCAGCCAGUGGACCAAUGACGCCUCAACAAACCAAACUCAGGAGAAUGUUCACAUGAGAGUGGGGGUGUACGCAGCACUCGGCAUUGCACAAGGUAUCCUGGUCAUGAUGUCUUCCUUCACACUAGCCAUGGGGAACAUCGGAGCAGCCAGGAAGCUGCACCAUGAUUUGCUCACCAACAAAUUUCACACGCCCCAGUCUUUCUUUGACACCACGCCUAUAGGACGCAUCAUCAACCGCUUCUCCAAGGACAUCUACGUUAUAGACGAGGCUCUUCCAGCGACUGUACUCAUGUUCCUUGCCACCUUCUUUAUUUCUCUCUCCACCAUGAUAGUUAUCAUUGCCAGCACACCCAUCUUUGCCGUUGUCAUAGCACCCCUGGCUUUCGUAUACGUCUUUGUACAGAGAUUUUACGUUGCCACGUCUCGGCAGCUCAAGCGUCUGGAAUCAGUCAGCCGCUCUCCCAUAUAUUCCCAUUUCUCUGAAACCGUCACUGGCUGUAGUGUAAUCCGAGCCUAUGGCAGACACUCUUCCUUUGUUCUGAUGAGUGAUAUGAAAGUGGAUGAAAACCAAAAGAGUUACUACCCUGGUAUAGUGUCCAACAGGUGGCUCGGGGUGCGUAUUGAGUUCAUUGGGAACUGCAUAGUGUUGUUUGCUGCUGUGUUUGCUGUGGCUGGGAAGGACACUCUGAGCCCAGGCCUCGUGGGUCUGUCGGUGUCCUACGCUCUACAGGUGACCAUGUCUCUGAAUUGGAUGGUUCGAAUGACUUCAGAUCUGGAAAGCAACAUAGUAGCAGUGGAGAGAGUGAAGGAGUAUGCUGAGACCAAGACAGAGGCACCCUGGGAGGUGGAGGACAAGAAGCCCCCACCUGAGUGGCCCAUGGAGGGGAACGUGGACUUCCACGACUACAGCGUUCGGUACCGAGAGGGACUGGACCUCGUGCUGAAGAACCUCACACUGAGCGUCAAAGGAGGAGAGAAGAUUGGUAUUGUGGGUCGCACAGCCGGCAAGUCCUCCAUGACUUGCCUCUUCCGAUUGCUGGAAGCCGCAGCAGGAGAGAUCACCAUCGACAAGGUGAAGAUAUCUGAGAUAGGCCUCCACGACCUGAGGUCCAAACUCACCAUCAUCCCACAGGAGCCUGUGCUCUUCUCGGGCACCCUAAAAAUGAACCUGGACCCCUUUGAGAAGUACAGUGAUGAGGAGAUGUGGAGAGCUCUGGAACAUUCUCAUCUCCACAAGUUUGUCAGCAACCAGCCAGCAAAACUGGAGCUGGAGUGCUCAGAGGGAGGAGAGAACCUCAGUGUGGGCCAGAGGCAGCUGGUGUGUUUGGCUCGAGCUCUCCUGAGAAAGACGAGGAUCCUCAUCCUGGAUGAAGCUACAGCCGCUAUAGAUCUGGAGACAGACGAUCUCAUUCAGUCCACCAUUCGGACCCAGUUUGAAGACUGCACCGUCUUCACCAUCGCUCACAGACUCAACACAAUCAUGGAUUACACAAGAGUGUUGGUGCUGGACAAGGGACAGGUAGCAGAGUUUGACACUCCUACAAAUCUCUUAUCACGGAGAGGAAUCUUCUACGGCAUGGCUAAAGACGCUGGACUGACGCAGUAGAACUGCCAUUUUGUCCCAAUGUUACAAACCAGGGUUGAGGAUGAUCUCAGGUCAGUCUGACUCUGCAUUUCAAACCCGGCAGUUGAACUGAAGAGGACCUUUUAUGUAUACUUGGUAUUUCUUUCAGUGCUGGUUUUGAAUUAAUCCUGAAUUCCUUUGCAGACUCGGAUCAACUGGCAGUUGCAAAAGUCUGAGUGACCCUACGGUCUGCAUCAGGACAUGUACAUGUUAUUCUGUAAUUGUCUUAGGUUUCUGGCACAGGCUGCGUUGUCCCAGGAGGCAAACACUGUCCCUUUUGGCAUGUGAAUAGGAAAAAACAAGCCAUAUGUGCAAAUACUAGUUGAUCCAAGUCUGCUCUUUAGUGCCUUCUGCCAGUGGGAUAAAGAAAGCCAGUGAAUGUAUCAUUUUCUAUUCGGCAGUCUGAUGCAAAACAAUCAACAACAAAAAGGAGGAGCUUUUUUUAUUUUUUCUACAAAGCAAAAUAUUGUGCCACUGUACUUUCCUCAUAAGAAAAAACAUACAAUUUGUGAUGAACCCACUUAUUUUGUACUGUACUUUUAUUUAUGCGACUUUUUAAAGAAAUGUCUCAUCUAGGGAAGUUUGCUCAGUUACAUUUGUGAUUCUUUUGUGAACCAAAUCUAUUAAAACUUGAAUUAUGUACCACCAAAAUAUGAUAUGUGAUAAUGCUUUUAUAAAAAAAAAAAAGGAAGAACAAUGU